AUGUGCACUUCACACACAGCGACCGAGCAACACCGUAAUAAGAGACAGUUCCAGUCGUCCAUUACCAGCUUCUUUGCACGAGCCGACUUCGACGAGGCCGACGAUCUGCGGGGGGACCAGCUUCCGACAACCCGACCGCAACAACACGCUAGGGCCACCCAACAACAACACCAGCAACGAGACAGCCUCGCACCUGCCGUGCCGGGACAGGUGCAAACCGACCUGCUCAGCGUCGGUAUGAGGGUCCGAAAGAGCGUAUCUGAGGGCUACAAGACACAAAAGAUGGCUGUGUUGCCAUCACUGCACACAGCCUUUGCGACAUCCAUGUUCAGUGCACGGAACACGGGGCUCGAGGUCAAGCCACCGCGAGACCCUGUGGAAGAUGCUUUCCACCACCAAAGGGAGCUGCUGCCCUUCUGCGGCCUGCAUAAGAUUGGUGGAUACGCGGAACAACCAACCACGAACAUUCAUCUUUACGCUGGUACAGACUCGUGUGGCCAACGAUCUGUGAACAUGUUCCCGUUCCCUGCCGAAACUUUUACACAGCCUUUCUCGAAUCGCAGUUCUGCCGAUCCAGGUUAUGAGACUACAUCGCUAAGACCAAAUCCUGCAAACCCGUCGAAACGAUCGUGGCAAGACGAAAACGAGACACUAAACCCCAAUUUCUUCUUUUCCGUACCGACAAAAUUCUCCUCGAGCGAUGAGGAUGAGCCCGUCUCGCCAAUGUCGGAAACACCGCCUGAUAUGCUACCGCCCGUCAGAUUGUUUGCGCAGCCUAAGUCGAGGAGAAGACUGGUUGGGGAUAGGAGUGUCGAUGUCGAUAUGGAUCUAGGGAGUAGUGGACUUGUCGAAGGCAGAAUGGCUGCUGGGUGUGCGAGUGACUUUGAAGAAGCCGACUUUCUUGAUGGACAUGAGGUUGAUAUGGCAGGUCCACCUCAGAAGAAGGCAUGUCAUUCGAUUGAACAAGGCCCUGAGCAAGUAGACUGCAAUUACGCGUUCUAUGUGCACGAGAAGCUGCUUCGCUCGAACUCCCGCUUCUUUGAAAACAUCCUGGAACAACUGGAAGGGGAUCAGGAUCGCUUUGUGAUAGUGCCAAACAUCAAAGCCGAAACAUUCCCUAUCUGGGUGAAAUGGGUUUAUACGGCAAAACUCUUUCUCACGCUUGAGGCAAGUGAGACAGGUCAGGCAGCGACUAACUUGAUAGAGUGGAGCCGCUGGUGUGAUAUCUAUGCUUUGGGUCACAUCCUUCAAGAUGACGACUUCAAGGACGCAGCGAUUGAUUUCUUGAUCAAUAUAAUGGUAGUCCACCAGCAAAUUCCUUACCAACUUUUGAGGCGCAUCUAUUCUCACUCUUCAAAGCAGUCUGCACACCGCAAACUUGCUGUUGACGUAUUCGUCAAGUGCAGGAGUCGCCAUUGCUGGGGUCAGGACAAGGAAAUGUCAGCAGCGUUCUCUCGCGAUAUCAUCAGGUGCGUUGGGUCAUUUCUAGGGCCGGGCUUGGAACUACAAAGCCUCGGGGAAGCGUUCGAUUCCAAAGACACGUGCAAGUACCAUGACCACGGACCGGACAAGCCAUGCUACAAGACCAGGCCCGCAUUUCAACCUUGA